CAGAGAAGAGAGGUAGGGAGGGACAGCAGACGGGACAGACGUUGGUCGACGUGGAUCAUGGCGUAGAGCAGAGCUGCUGGCCACCUCGUCGCCCUCCUCCUCUUGGUGUCACAAGCAGUGAACACGAGCAAACUAGCGCAGUCGGCCAGUGUUGUGGUCGAUUGUUUACAUGCACGUCAAACGCGACUACUGCAGCUCCCGUCGCGUUUGCCCGACCAGACGCAGCCAGUCCAGCUCCUAGCGCGGGGCGGUAUACAGCCAGCGCAUAAUGGCCGCCCACGACAGGCAUCACCCUACUCGUCCACCGCACUGGUCGACGUCAGCGCCCGCCACCGCCAUCGCAACGGACCCCAGCCGGACGGAGGCCGCUCACCUGGAUCCCGCCGAUGAGCACCGCCAGCAGAUCGGCCGCCAGAUCCUCAAGGAAGAACAACGCCAUCGCUGGCUGGAGAUCAAGGCCCAUCGCGCUGGGAAACGCCUCUCGCCAGGCCUGGAAGCACGACUACAGCGCCUGCACCGGAGUCGCAGCGGCGAAAGCAUAACCUCUCGUCGCAGCAGCAAAUCGAGCAUUGGAAGGAUCCCCGAAGCUCAGCUCGAGGAACUCGAACGCCUGCACCGCGCACGCGAACGAGACGUCGACAUCCGACGACGGGGGACGGAGUGGAGUCGCAGCAGUAACAUGCCCGUGGGAGGUGGAGUGCGGCUCAGCGGUGGUCCGGUGCUGACAGACAAUGAGGCGAGCGAGCUCAGUGCCAUCGAGUCCGAUGCCAAUGGGAACGCGGACCUGGAUGCGCCGAGUGCAUACGCGACCUCAGCUUACGCGAGCUCUGUAAUCGACAUCUCAGACGCCCUUGUGGCCGAAAACACGACCGACGACGACGAAGCGGGCAUCGACGAACAUUUACGGUUGGAGGCGAGCUUGGUGGAUAAUCACAAGUAUCGCAUGCCGGAUGUGGGAAAGGCGAGGCUGUGUUCUAGGACGAAAGAGCCGCUAAGUCCUGGUCCGAGAACGACGGGCGCGUCUGCGAGUGGUGCGAAUGGUGGAGAGAUGGCGCCGAACACAGAUAAACCGCUUCCUGAGCCGCCGAGCACACCGAGUAGGAUGGCUUCGCGAGAAGCAUUGGACACGAAUGGAAAUACUGCCAGUCCGAUCACGAGCGGGAACUUGGACUUUGGAAACUGGCAGGCAGGCGCUGGAAGUGCGGACACACCAGAGAGAAGGGCCAGCAAUGGAUCAUUAUCCAGGCCGAGUCUUUCGAGGGCAGGCUCGGUCUAUACGCUGGGACGCAAUAGCUUCACGGGACAACUUGCGCAGCUGACGUCUAUGCGACUGCCGGAUGCCGACUCACUCGCAAAGAGGAUAUCUGCACUUCCAUCGGCUACAGAAGCUGCCAAAGCCUUGUCGGAUGCGUAUGAGCAGAUUCGGCUUUGGAUUGCGAAAGCGAAUGAUGCACUGGAAGGGCUGAACGCAGAAGAUGAUGUGGAAUGGGCAGCAGCAGGCGGCAGGGAAGGCAUCGACGAUGUUGAUAAAGCAAUUGGCAGAUUUCAACAUCUGGUCGAGGUGUACAUCCUCUCGAUCGAGCGACUGCAGACACGAGAAGAUGUGCAUCAGCUUACAGCCAAGGACAUUGAGACGAGCGUUGAACAAAUGGAGCACAUUGUCACCCGUUGGAAACAGAUUAAGGUUACUCUGAAAGGCAUCAAAGACCAAGUCAAACUUGCGAUGGAAUGGCAAGAUAUUUGGGACAGAGUGCUGGGAGAGAUCUCGGAAGAAAUGCAAGACCUCCAACGACUGGUGUUCGAGAUGGAAGAAAAGCGCCACCAGGGAUCCGAGAGUGUUCUAUCUUCGAAGGACAGCAUCGAUAUCAGCGAGCUGGAGACCAUCGUGGAAGAGCAACCUGGAGGCAGUCGCAUGCAGCAGAACAGGUUCAGCCUGACAGCGCCAUUCGCGGACGGCAUGCCCCUGACACCACCUUCACAGCCCGCUCAUGUGGUAGACAAAGAGGACUCCAGUCUUCUCGCGCUAUUUGCAAGAAUGCAACCACUACGAGCCAACCUGGACUUCCUCCCAAUGCGACUAUCGUCAUUCAGUGCGCGAGGCAACACAGUCUUCCCCAGCGCUUGCAUGGACAUUGAUCAACGACGAGAGCAAUUAGAAUCUCAAUGGCAGCAACUCGAAGCUGAUGCAGAGUCGCUACGUCGCGAGCUUGGAGAAGAUCGCUGGGUGAUCGUUUUCCGCAACGCCGGUCGGCAAGCUCUCAAGAUGUGCGAGUCCAUCAGUCGAAGUCUGCAAAAACUCGGCACUGCUAUCGAAAUGGACGAGCAGCAUAUCAACCCUUCAGCAAUGAAGACGAAGAUUGAUAAUUAUGACCAGAAGAAGAGGCACUAUGGUCCUGCUAUUGAGCGGGUGCUCGCCAUCAUCGACCGAGGCGUAACAGAUCGACUCACAGUCAAUGGCGAAAUUCUUCGCCUUCAGAGUGACAUGAAGCAAAGAUGGGCGUCUUUGCAAGAUGCAGUCAAGGAUAUGGAUGCUGUAGUACUCGAAGUCAAGGAUGACUUGGCAAAUGUUGAACAACAGGAUCAACAAUUGCGAGACUCUGUCUUGACCGUCAUCUCCACGGAGCGCUCUUUGGGGAGCAGUCUUGGUGUUGCCACACCUGGCAGCUCACCCGCAAGCAGUGUCGUUGGCAACAGCCGGAAAGGGAGCUUUGGGUCACGAACGCCCACGUCGUUGACAAACAUCAAAGUCCGAAGCGGCAGCAGCAGUAAAGAGUCGGUUAGCAGGCUCACACUGACGCCAUCAUCGCUCCCUCGAAGAAGCCUGCUUCCCAAGAAAUCCUUAUCGGACAUGCACUCAUCGCAGCGGGCAUCGUCCUUACCUCUUGGAACGCCAUCGAAGAAGGUCGCCUGGCCGAGCAGACCUGACCAUACCCCCUCGAGUAACAAGCCCCGAUUCGUGGCUGCAGCGAAGCUCGAAGACAAAGGCUUUGCGCCUCUCAGUGCAUACGAGCCUAGCAAAUAUGCAAAAACACCCGUAACCCCCAAGGUCAACUACCUUCGGUCUGGCACCUAUGUUCCUCCUGUCCCAGCUCUCCUUCGAACUCCUGCUUCCGCGAGCAGUUCAAGGACAGUAAGCGGCCCAGCCUCAACCCUCCCACGACCAGCAACAAGUCUAGCUACCGGUCGAGCCCGCAAAUCCAGUCUCCCAGUCCGAAGCGAAACGCCAUCGAAACUCGCUGCAUCCGUCCCAGCUCCUGGCUCUAGCACAAGAAAUGGCUUGUCAGCCAAAGCUUCAGCGCCGAACCUGAGACCUGGAAGUCGAUUAGCAAGUGGUCGACGAUCAAGCAUGAUGCCCGCGAGGACGGAAGAUCCCGUCAGCGGGAACGAAGCUGAUAGUGAAGCCCCGGCACACCACAAUAGACGGUCUCCGAGCGCAUUAGCUGUCAAUGGGAGACAAAGCCAAGCUGGCAGACGCAGUAGUAUGAUGCGCAGCCGAUUAGGAGAACGGGAUGCUUCGCAAGGGGCUUCGCGACCGAAGUGGAGGCCUUAGGACGAUGGAGUUGCCACGUUGUCUGAGAAUUAAAACCCGCGUGUGUUUGCAUUUGGAAUUUUGAGCGUUCCUGUCACGAAAAGCCUGGCGCGGAAAAGGUUGUUUUGGGGGCAGCAGCCAGCCAGGCAGGCAUCAUCGUCAUCGUCAUCACGAUCAACGGUCGUUCUCUGUUCUAUUUACUUUGUUAGCAGCUCUGAGCGUUCUUGUUUCUUGUGCUUUUUGCAGCCGUCAUUGUUUCAAAGAUUAUUCUAGCUUCGUUUUGAAGGGUGGCCGCGAGGCGGCAGCAGUCGUUAUUUGGUGUUAGCGAUAACAUGCAUUCCGGGCAUGGCGUUAUAAUGGAGUCGGCAUGGGCAAAGGGGCUUUGAGGAAAAUGGGUGUUGUUUUUUGAAAAGGGAAUCAGCGAUCCGUUGAGGAGCGAAUUUUGCAGCUUCUUGGGAUUUUGUGUUGAUAGGAAUAUAAGAGAGAGAAAGAGAGAAAUAUUGGUGCUGAAGCCAGAGAGCAUUCUCCUUUCCUUGUUUUACGACAUUGUUUGUGCUCCGUGCUGGUUUAGAACAUAUUUCCUUUCGCUUGUCUUGUGUCGCGGAUCGCGUAGCGAUAGCCCUCGAUUGGGCGCGGUCUGCUCAGCUGCUAUUCUGGAGAGCAGCAUAACACCCUACCUUGGCUCUACAGUACUUCCCAGUCGUGACCGCUCGUCUCACGUCA